UGUUUUGCCAGAAGAAAGUUAAAAAAGAUUUGUAGCUGCACUGCAACUCCUCUUUAAUUAAGGAUAAGGUAGAGAUAGCCCAAGCAGAAGGCAGCAGCAGAUUGCUGGAUCAAGGAGAUCGUACCUGUGGAUGGCUGGAGCGCAUGCGUGGAUGGCGGAAAUUGUGUAUCGAGUGGUAGACUUGAUGAUGAAGGAAUCUGAGUUGCUGUCCGGUGUGGUAAGCGGCGAAGGAUUGGAGGGCCUGGGGUCAGAGCUGCAGCAGAUGGGUCGGUUGCUGAGGAGAUCGCCGGAGCAGCAGUGGCCGUCGCUGUGCAACUGGGAUGGAGACGUGGAAGAACUGGUGUACGAAGCGGAGGAUCUGGUUGACAAGCUGAUCUAUGAUGGGCUCAAGUUUGGAGAAACAGCGGAAUUAGGUGGCUUGGAGAAAUGGUGGCUGUUUAAGAAGUUGUGGUUGGAGUGGGUAAUGCCCAGAAUGACCAAGGAGGAGGAGUUAGUUGAUCUGACUCAACGGAUCCGCCUCGUCAACGGUCGAUUAUUAGCGAGAGCCGCUGCUCGUUAUCGAGACGGAAUGGCCAAAGCUGUUCCUGCCCUCCCCGGUCAACGGGAAGGAAAUGAUUUAAUUGAUGAUAAUGUUUGCAAGAUGGAUCAUGCUUGGAAAUCACCUUCCCCUCCUGUUGAAUCAGACGACCACUUGGAUGUUGACGCCAUUUGUUCGGAGGACCAAGAAGAUGAUUUCGUCGUUGUUGGCAGGGAAGACGAGCGGAGGGAGGUGAUUUCUAGCUUGCUGGCUACUGGUGACGCCUUCAAAAUUAUUGGGAUAUACGGAAUGGGUGGAAUCGGCAAGACAACUCUCGCCCAAAAGGUAUAUGGGGACUCCUCCGUCCGCCGCCAUUUUGAUUGCUUUGCCUGGGCUACGGUGGGGAAGGACUUCCGCACCAGAAGAAUUUUGGAAGAUUUGCUGCUGCAACAUGUCUGCCGAGCGAGGGAUGACAUGGCCCCAUUUUCAGACUUGGACUUGGCUCAGAAGCUUUACGAGUUCCUGCAGUCCAAGAGAUUCUUGAUUGUUUUGGAUGAUGUCUGGUCUGCCGAUGCUUGGGAGUGCCUCCGCAUUGCACUUCCGUCCCGAGAACCAACCGCCAGCAGAGUGCUGCUCACCACUCGGGACGACGGAGUUGCGGACAAGAUUGCUUCUUCAUCUGCCGACGACAAAGGAUUCGUUCACCGGAUGAGGUUUCUUAACCCAGACGAAGGCUGGGAGCUUCUCCGCAAGACGGCUAUCAGAGGUCACUCUUCUUCUGAUCCUAAGGUUGAUGCGGAACUGCGAGAGAUUGCGGAGGAUUUAGUAGAUCGCUGCCAAGGCUUGCCACUAGCCAUCAGGGUGAUGGCAGGGUUGUUGGCGUCAAAUCCUACACCGCACCAGUGGAAGGCGGUUCACCGCAGUAUUGUCUCCUAUCAAACCAUUGAUCAAGGUUCUCAAGUCUCUGCAAAAGUAAACCAGACUUUGGCUUUGUCAUACCACUUUUUACCAGAGUAUUUGAAGCCAUGCUUUCUCUACACGGCUGUGUUCCCUGAGGGUUUUGAGAUGGAUGUAGGGAGUUUAUGCCGAUUGUGGCUGGCUGAAGGCUUUAUAUCGUCAACCCAUGGGUCAAGCCAACAGUCAAUGGAGGACAUCGCACAGCAGUAUCUGAAUGAACUGGUGGCCAGAAAUCUGGUGUUGGUGCAGAAAAAAGAAUCCUCACCAUUUAGGAGUUUGAGAACCUGCCGUGUUCAUGACCUGUUGCGAGACUUGUGCUUACUGAAGGCAGAGGAGCAGAACUUCUGUGACUCCAUAAGCUUCAGACACACAAAUGACACCGGUCUAGCUUCUUCUUCCCCCAUUUUAACUACCAGAAUACAUAGACUUGCGUUGUCUUUUGAAGACGGGUGUGUGGUUCCCCACAAUUGGAAUACCAUUAAACAGCUUCGGUCCAUCUCAAUACAGUCCACAUCUGAUGAUCAUGGAUGUAUCUUAUCGCCGCACAUGUUAUCAGAAGUGAAGGACCUCUCGAGGCUUAGGGGGUUAUUUCUCUCUGGUUUUAACUACAAAGUAUUGAGGUUUCCCUCAGCGACACUGGAGUUAUUUCCGCGUCGGUUCUUGAGUAUGAGAAAUUUACCUAAAGUAUUAUCAGAUCUUACCAACCUUAAACGGCUUCGAGUUUUAUUUUUCAGUGGUUUUAACUUUGAUGUCACUAGGAUGCCCACUGGGAUUGAAAAGCUAUUCCGCUUGAGAUACUUGAGCAUUAGAGACUGUAAUAUCACGCGUUUGCCUCCAACUAUUGGCAGCUUGUUGAACUUGGAAACUCUUGACUUAGGGGAAGGCACUUGGAUUAGGAUGCUCAUACCCAGUGAGCUGCAGAAACUGAGCAGAUUGAGGCAUCUUUUUUUGCCUCGUAGCUAUCAGGUCGUCGAGGGUGGCAAAUUGCAAUUGGAUGGGUUGACAAAGCUGGAAACACUUGUUAACUUCGAUUCGAGGCAGUGUAGAGUGAAAGAUCUGUUUAAAUUAACAAAGCUUCGGAAGCUUGUUGCUACCAUGGAUGUGAAUUUUGAGGACCUGGAGGUGGUAAUUAACUGCAUGGAAACAAGCUUAAACUGCUUACGCUUUUCUUCACUCAUUGUCAGAACACAUGACUCUGGUAACCAUUUUGUUACUCACAAAUUAUUGCAGUGUGCCAAUCUUCACCUUUUGCAAAUAGAAGGUCAUAUAGGCAAGUUGCCUCUGAGAAUUUCUCAUAGCCUCACUGAAAUUUCUUUAAUUGGGUCUUUGCUUGAUGAUGAUCCGAUGGAAAAAUUGGAAAAGCUUCCAAACUUGUGGGUCCUUGCAUUGCACAACAAUGCCUUUCUGGGGAAGCACAUGACCUGUUCAGGCAUGGGUAUGCCGCAACUCAAAUAUUUAUCCAUCUCGAACUUGCGAAACUUGGAGAAUUUGAUGGUUAAAAGAGGGGGCAUGCCCAAGCUUUCUACUUUAGAGCUCGAAGGAUGUGAGUGUCUAAAGAAUCUGCCUGAAGGACUCAGUUUCCUCACGAGUCUCCGGGAAUUGACUGUUGCACAGAUGUCUCCAGAGUUCAUUGACCGGCUUUAUGAGAGUCAGGAGGAUUUUCGUAAAUUCCAGCAUGUACCUGUCAUUAGAAUGUGCUGGCCUUCUCAAAAACAAAAGAUUGUUCCCCUAGCAUGCAGACAUGGGCUUCAGGUGGCAGGACAAGAGCUUCACUGAGGUAAAAAAAUAUUUGGCAAAAGUCAAGCAUGCUACUGCCAUUAAAACCGGCUGUUGAUAAUUGAUUGUUUACUCGUAUCUGCCGAUCAGCUUCCAAGAAAUAGCAGCUUCCUGCAUUUUGUUUUUUUGGAUUUCAUGCCCUUUUCCCUGUUAAUGGGCCUUCUCAAAAAACUGAAGACAUUCCUCUACCUUGCAAAGUUGGGCAGCUGAUGUCGGGAGAAGAUAUUCAGAGAAACUUUAAAGCUGCAUCAAAGAUGAGUAGUGUUCACGGCAGUUUGCAUGCACUAAUGAAAGGAGAGGAAUGGUCCAAUUUUAACUAUUUUUAUUGUUUUAACUUGAACCAAUGUUACAAAGGUUAUCAAGCUCUUAGUAGUACUAGAGUAGAUUACAGUUGUCCUACUUAUAAUCAUUGAGUGGAACUUACCUUUUUCUUUCCACUAGUAAUGCAUGAAGCCAUGCAUAAUACAAGUUAAUUCAGGCUUUCAUAGCUUGCUUUCCAGUAAGCUGUAUAAAAGGUUAAGAUUUCAGGUGCUGGAUGUUUGUCUGUUGGGCAUGGAGCAAUACAUGAAUUAUGACAUUUCUUUGUUAUCACAGAAGGCCAAACCUGUCAAUUUAAUCCUUGUGGAAACCGUGUUUGAUGUCUGACUCGUGUGAAUUAUAAGGAGUUCCUGUUCAUCGAAAAGCUUUUUAGUGUACUCAUAGCAUGUCGCCAUUCACAAGACAACUUUGACUCUAAAGAUGCAAUUCAGUGAAAAACAUAGAACAAUCUCAUCCAUAAUGAAUCUGUUGAUUCUUAUGUUCCAUGUCCGAUAUGAUGCAGAAACCAAAUUUUUACUUAUAAGAUUUUCUAUAGGUGUUGGACACAAGUAGCAAUUGUCAUAACCUUGGAGAGAUUUUACAGGAAUUAAAGCCUCUGCAACUGUUCAGCCCAUUCAUCUACUCUAUCUUCAUAGUUUUCGUGAAGCUGUCCGAAUAGUUGAAGAUCAUCUUUAUUUAUUCCGCACCAGAAAAACUUGAGUAGUGAACAUUAGCAAUCAGAAAGACUCGCGUUGAUGAACGGCUCAAGCUUCACAGUCCUUUCUAAGGUCAAAUUCAAGAGCUCAGGUCUUGACUUACCUUCGUUAUCGGUUCCUUGAACAAUGAUUGUUAAAAGUCCUUGAUUCGCUUCAGAGCAGGAUGAACAGCAGUCCUUGACAGGUCAGGUAAUUGGCAGAGUUUAUAAACAACUUCAACAAAGAGAUUAUGGCACGCUCUUUAAAUCAAUAAGUCGAUAUCUGCAUAAUAUUGGCUUAGGUUCGUGGAUUGGCCAAGCAUCAAGUUUGAUAGGCUGAUCUCUUAGGAUUUCCAGAUUCCACGUUCAAGUUGUUUGUUUCUUUUGUGCACGUUGAUUGCUUAAUCAGCCUUGUGAAUGCGGGCGUGCCACAUGAUUUCUUCUGUCUUGUGUUUUUGCAAAUUGUUCCUCGUGCUUUGACGUUCGACUUUGAUGAAUUGGCUCAAAUUUCACAGUUGUUUCUAAGGUGGAGUUGGAUAGUUCGGGUUUGACUUAUUCCUUGGAACAUUAUUGACUUUAAAAAGUCCUUGAUUCAGCUUGAAACUAGUCCUUGAUUCAGCUUGAAACUAGUUCGGGUUUUGGACGUAGUCCCUGAACGGUACUGAUUUCAAGUCCUUGAUUCAGUUGAAGACAGGAUGGCACAAAUUUGCUACUAUACGUGGCGGUCUUAAUUAGUUUUCUUCGACGGAGUCUGUACUCACAUCUGAGUCCCCCUCUCCCAUUCCCUUAUAUUAGCUUAGAUUAAAUUAUAAGAAUCUUAUCGUUGCGAAAAAAAAAGGGUAUGUUAUGCUAGUCAGUUGGGAUUGGCACCCGUCCCAAAA